AUAGUGAUUUUGUUGGAGUAUUUCUAACAAAUACUAAAUUUUUACAGAAAAAACUGAGAAAAUUUCCAGUAAAUGACCAUAAAAUGCAGAGGGGUAAAAUUGCUUUUGGAAAAAUAAAUUUGAAUCUGAAUAAAAAGCCGGAAAAGAGUGAUGAAAAUGAAGAAACAGAAAAGGCCACCACUUCAACAGGAGGUUUUAAAAAAAUUGAUAAAACACAAAUGCAAAAACAAAUCGAAGAAGUGGCCGAAGAUUUGGAAGCACAAAAACUAAAAGAGGUCAUGGGUUUGACGGGAUUUGGCAGGAAGGCAGCAAAGGUUUUCGAUAUAAAUGAACAAAUAGCCAGGGCCAAGGAAUCUGCACCGUUAAGAGUUGAGCCGGAGGAAGAAGGAAAUAACAGUGAUGAAGAAGAUAUGAUAGGACCUGUGCCCACUAUGGCUGGCAAUAAGACGGAGGAUAAUACUGUAAAGAAAAAGUUGCUAAAGAAUAAUUCUGAUGAUGAUGAAGACGACGAUGAUGAUGACGACGAUGAUGAUGACGACGACGAAGAUGAGGAUAUUAAUUUGGAAAAAAGAAUACCCGAUACCCAUGAAGUUCAGAUGCAGCAUGGCAAUAAAGCUAUUUUAGCUUUAGCCGGUGAUCCUGCAGGUGCUAGAUUGGUGUCCGGUUCCAUAGAUUAUGAAAUUAGUUUCUGGGAUUUUGCUGGCAUGGACUCGUCAAUGCGCAGUUUCCGUACCAUACAACCCUGUGAAAACUAUCCCAUAAGAGCUUUGCAUUAUUCCAUUACCGGCGACAUGAUUCUGGUUAUAUCGGGUAACUCACAAGCUAAAAUAUUAGAUCGUGAUGGUUUCGAGAAAAUGGAGUGUGUUAAAGGUGAUCCUUAUUUAACUGACAUGUCACGCACUAAGGGUCACAUUGCACAACUAACUUCUGGCUGUUGGCAUCCUUAUACCAAAGAGGAAUUUCUCACAGCUGCCAUGGAUGGAACUCUGCGAAUUUGGAAAGGCAUUAAAAACAAAGAUCAACAUUCUGUUAUUAAGACACGAGCUCAGGGUGGUCUAAGAACAAAUGCAGCUUCCUGUAAUUACAAUAGAGAUGCAACUUUAAUAGCCGCUGGUUGUGUAGAUGGCUCUAUACAAACCUGGGAUACGCGUAAAAUGUUUGUUAACACUACACACUGUGUUAGGGAUGCCCAUCAGAAGGGUUCCGAAAUUACCUCCAUACAAUUUUCCUAUAUGGGCCAACAACUAGCUACACGCUCAAAUGAUGAGACCAUGAAAUUAUGGGAUCUACGUAAUUUUAAAAAGCCCAUAAACACCUGGUCAAAUCUGUUUUCUCGUUAUGACACCACAGACUGUUGUUUCAGUCCAGAUGAUCGCCUCUUGGUUACAGGAGAAUCUUUGCCCCAGGGACAAACCCAUGCGAAUCUAUACUUCUAUAAUACCCAAACAUUUGAAGAAGUUAAACGAAUACCCGUGACCGAUUCCCACAUCAUAAAAACUCUGUGGCAUCCUAAACUCAAUCAACUAUUUGUGGGCUGUGGUAAUGGUGUCAUCAAGUGUUACUAUGAUGAGCAGAGAAGUUUAAGAGGUGCCAAAUUGUGUGUAGUGAAAACUUAUCGUAAGAAGAAACACACCGAGUUGAUGGGAGUAUCACAAAUUAUAACUCCCCAUGCAUUGCCCAUGUUCCGUCAAGAAAAAUCGCGGUCGUCACGCAAGAAGAUGGAAAAAGAAAGAUUGGAUCCGGUCAAAUCACGUCGACCAGAUUUACCCAUUACCAGUGGUCAGGGUGGUAGAGUGGCUAGUUCGGGCGGUACCCUUAGUUCAUAUGUUAUACGUAACUUGGGUCUUAGCAAACGUGUGGACGAUGAUCAAGAUCCUCGCGAAGCUAUAUUGAAGUAUGCCAAGGAUGCUGCGGAAAAUCCCUUUUGGAUCACACCGGCUUACAAGCAGACACAACCUAAACCGGUAUUUUCGGCAUCCACGGAGGCGAGUGAGGAGGGCGAGCCAGAUAAUAAAAAGCCAAAAAAGGAGUAGAUACAUUGGUUUAAGAUAGACGAGAUUUUAAAAUUAGAAUUUUAAAAAGAGGAACUGAUUCAUAGUGUAAGAUUAAAUUGAAAAUAAACAUGAAAUUGGAAGGAAA